AUGGUGGGGGGCGGGCCUCCUGGAUGGAUCGGCGAAGCACACCGACGUGCCGCAGCACUGGCGGGUCGCCUUCAGGUGAGCCGCACCUUUGGUGCCAGCCUGGGCCUGGAGUCGGGUCGUGUCUACACGUCCUACCAGGAGAUGGCCAGCCAGGAACAGCGCCUCCGAGAAGAGGGCACCGAAGGCGCGCUCGACUUCGUAGUGGUGGUCACCCCAAACCCGCUCCACUAUGACGCUGGCUUUCCGGUCCUCUCUGACAAGCCGCUCGCAGAGAACUUUGCCGAUGCGGCCAAGCUGCUGGCCCUGGUCGAGCGGACCGGCCUGCCCUUCGGCCUCACCCACAACUACUCGGGCUACCCCAUGGCACUGUACCACGUCAAGGAGGCCCGAGAGCUUGUCAAGGCGGGCAAGCUGGGCCGAUUGCGCAAGGUGGUGGUGACCUAUGCGCAAGGCUGGCUCACCGCCGAUGGCAGCAGCAUCACCCGCACCUCCGGCCUCUCUUCCCUCGUUGAUGUGGGCACCCACGCCGAGCACUUGUUGCGAUACAUCACCGGGCUUGAACUGUCGGAGCUCUGUGCGGACAUCACCACCUUCGUCGGUGGAGUGCGCGAGCCGGACGACUUCAACGUGCUGCUUCGCUUCAAGUGCGGGGCCAAGGGAACCUCGACGGGUAAAGGGAACGGCCUCAAGAUCGAGGUCUACGGUAGCGAGGCUUCGCUGGAGUGGGCGCAGGAGGAACCCACGCUUCUCACCGUGCGUCCCAGAGACGCGCCUGAACAGCUGCACAAGGCGGGCAACCCGUACCUGUCCAAGGCGGCCAAGCUUCACGCGCGUCUGCCGCCCGGGCACCCCGAGGCAUCCCUCCCCUCUACUUACCGACUGGCCCGACUGGCCAGGGCCUGCUGCGUGGGCUACUUGGAAGGCUUUGCCAACGUCUACCUCAACUUUGCUAACACUCUGCGCAAGACCAUCUUAAAGGACGGCUGGAAGGGGAUCCACUUUGUGGAGAAGGUGUUCGAGAGCGGCAAGCAAGGAACAUGGGUCAAGCUCGACGACGCCGUCACCGGCCGUCGUCCUCCCAUGUAG